CUUGGACCUUGAUAUACGUGAGAGGGCAACACAAUUGCCUAAUAUGACGUUUAGCCAAGUGGUCGAACAAGGCUUGAAGGGGGAGAAGGAAUGGGAGGAAAGGAAGCGAAGAAAUGCCGAGGAGGCAAAGAAAAGAAAAUGGGAGAACCAUGGCCCCCAGGGUUCAAACAAGAAGGGGAAUCACGGGGGAGGAGGAUCCUUCAGGGCACCCGCACCACCAUCAAGGGGGAAUCCCAACAUGAGUGGGCAGAACUCGGGAUCACAAGCCCCGACGAAGCCUAAGUGCAGGAAUUGCAAGAGAAAUCACGAGGGCAAAUGUCGUGAUCCCCCACGGUGCUACCAAUGCGGAGAUACGGGGCACAUAAAGCCCAAUUGCCCUCAACUCGGUGGGAACCGGUCAUCAGGGCCAAGCAGUGCAACCAUGGUGAGUAGAAACCGGGGUGGGGCACCAAAUGCAAGCGCGAACCACGGCGGGGCAAGUACAAGCAACGCACCCUCCGUGAACCAAGGAAGGACUCAAGCGAGAGUGUACGCAAUGACCGAGGCCGAUGCUCGGGCUAAUCCCGACUCCGUCGCAGUUUCAGGUAGAACUUGAAGGGUGCUACCAUCACCGUUGCUUCGGGCGGAUUAUCAAGGAGAGGAGACGUGGUUCGUGCUUCCUCCGUUUCUGUUUUAAAACAUUCAAAUUAAUGCUCAUGGAUACUAUUUUCCGAAUAAUUAUUUAGGGCUUGCACGCCCGUGUUUGCCACGUGUGGCUCGAAUGCUUGUAUUAAUAUUUCCGCUGCUUAAUUAAAUGAUUUACAUUGUGAUUGUUUAUGGAUGUACUAAUGUGAAUGGUAUUCAAGACGCCUUGUAUAGUAUGGAUGAGUUGGACUGCGGUUGACUAUUCGUACUGUACGGCGGGUUGUUGACGUGUCCGGGAAGGUCCGGGGCGUGACAGAUGAGGUAGACGGUGAAGGUCCGUUGGAGCUGGUGGUUCCGGACAGUGAAGAAGAGUUGGACGAACACGGUCAACUUCCAGAGCAGAAGGAGAUGGUUGUGAUGCCGAACAGUGAAGAACAGAAGGAGAUGGCUGAAAUUCCAGAGUCUGAAGCCACAAGAAGACGGAGAGAGGUGCAAAACCAUCCUUUCCGCAAUCCCCGUUUGGAGGCCUUCUAAAAAAUCAUUAUAACUGGCUGGGAGUCUAGAAUGUGGGACAUCGACACAUAACAGGGGAGUUUCUUUCUUAAACAGUCUUCAUGUGUGACUAUGCCUGAUUGAUUUUGCUUUAUUGCAUGAAUGCUCC